AAUAACCCCAUGGAUCCUCUGUAUCAUUGAAACAUUUUUCAAGUUUGUUUUGCUUACGAUAAAAACAUUAAGCUAUAUUAUGUUUACCCAGUAAAAAGAAAACAUUGGUAGGCCCAAUACGAUGGAAUAAAAUUUAUAAAUUGAGCCCACCAUCAUCGAGUGUAUUAAGCUUCUUGUGGCAUUUUCACACGCGCGCGAAACCCUAGACUCCUUUGAAUUCGAUCUCUGCAAAUCGGGGAAGAAGUGGAAUCUGAAGUUGAUCAACUGCAAUUUAGCCAAUGUCGUCCCCAGAAAGGAAGAGGAAGAAGACGAAUAAGAAAACAACUCUUAAGCAGUCGCCGGUGCUCGAGCCGACGCCGGAAUCGAUUCCAAAUCCGUCACUUCCAGAUGAUUUGGUAGUGAGUUGCUUAGCAAGAGUAUCGAGACUGCAAUACCCGACUCUCUCACUCGUCUCCAAGACCUUUCGAACUCUCCUUGCUUCACCGCAUCUUUAUGAGACUCGAUCAUCUUUAGGACGCACAGAGAGUUGUCUCUAUGUAUGCAUACGCUUCCCAACUGAGACUAAUCCUCGCUGGUUCACUCUCUGCCAGCAACCUGAUCACACAAGUAACAAGACAACAAAGAAGAAGAAGAAGAAGUCAAGUGGGUAUGCUUUGGCUACAAUCCCAAUUCCACAUUCUCCUCCUGCGCACUGGUCCGGUCUCGUGACGGUUGGUUCCAACAUUUACAACAUUGGGGGAUCCAUUUACAAAAACCCCUUAUCUACAGUCUCGGUCCUGGACUGUCGGUCUCACACGUGGCACGAGGCUCCAAGCAUGCUGACGGAGCGGUAUUAUCCCGCUGCCAAUGUCGUUGAUGGAAAGAUAUAUGUAACUGGAGGAUGCGAAGAGUGCAGUAACUCAAGUUGGAUGGAGGUUUUCGAUCCAAAGACACAAACUUGGGAGCUUGUGCCAAGCCAUGGCCCUGAGAUAUGUGGCUGUAAGAUAUUUAAAAGCGCUGUCAUUGAUGGGAAACUACACAUGUUCGGAACACAAAACGGUUUGGCUUACAAACCGAGGGAUGGGAGAUGGGAAAGGGAGGGAUGGGAGAUGGAUUUAGGUUGGCCUUGGUUUUCUUAUUCCGUGGUUGACAACGUGCUGUUCUAUUAUUAUGAAGCGUUCAAAUGGUAUGACACUGAGGCGAGAGUGUGGAGGCGGAUGAAGGGUUUGAAAGGGCUGCCCAAGUUUGCCAGUUAUGGUUGUGUUAAACUGGCGGACUAUGGUGGAAAGAUGGCGGUUUUGUGGGACAAGUAUUUGCCUUCUAGUGGAUAUAAGAAGAAGACGAUUUGGUGUGCUGUGAUUGCACUUGAAAGGCCCAACAGUGAAGAGAUUUGGGGGAAGGUCGAGUGGCUUGAUGCUGUGCUCACGGUCCCUGACUCUUAUGAAUUCGUGCGCGCGCUGGUUGCUACUGUAUGAUUGUAUUCUCACAUACAGAGAAGGUUUGAGUGAUGCAGGUACAAGGUUAGUUUGGUUUUCAUUGGCCGUGAAAUUAAGAGAUUUUCUUAUUUUGGUACUGUUUUUGUCGAUUAGUAAGGCCUCUCUUUUCAUCUUAUAAGAAGAACUGUAACAACAAGAGGCCGAUGCAGGUAGAACAGUUAGCUAGGUUUGUCUUGGGUUAGAAUGUAGGAUCAGCUUAUUCUGCGGCUUUUAUUUUGCUGAAACUAAAGACAUGUUUUAAGUCAUUUUUGUGAUGAAUCUUUAGUAGUCGUGGCGAAUAUUGUAUAAUUCUGUCUUUGUGGUUUUAGCUUAAUGCAGUAGACAUCGUUUCAGUUGUGUAAACCUUUUGACGGGUUAGUUAGUGUGACCUAUGAAACAUUGUUUCAGUUGAAUACAAUGUUCACUACUCUCAUGGGAAAAACUAAAAGAGAACUAAAAGAUGCAAAAAUGAUUAUAGUUUGGUGGCCAUCUGGUCUGGUCUACAUAUAGUUGGCUUUCUGUUUCUUUCCCAAUUUUUGGUCAAGAGGAAAAUAUGAAUAAGUAAUUAAACAAACAGUACUAAUCAUCAGUUAUUAUGUAUAAGGUACAACAGUUAAAUAGUAAACUAGGCACAGACAAGAACAAGUAAACUGAUGAGAUGCUGCAGGGAAUGUACACGCAUGAAUAGGAACAUAGU